AUGGAUAAGACUCAGGUAGUUGAUCCCUCCAGGGGAUCUGAAGGUGUGCAUAAUGUAGAUCCGGUAUUGGAUCCAACACAGCAGCAUCACCACGCUCAUCACAACCAUACCGCCCACGCCGAGGAGGGACGCGAGGACACAGUGGUUUACUCCAAAGCCGGUGAAUUCGAGAAAGGAAUCGUCCCCGAGCCUACACCCCUAGAUCACGCCAGCAAGAGCUCCGACGAGGAGGCCGGCGAGAACUACCCAGCUCAGCGUACUUGGUAUCGUCGUGUGGCAAAGCAAUGGCGACACAUUGCCUAUGCCGUGAUCUGGCUUCUGUUCACCGGCUGGUGGAUCGCUGGUCUCAUUCUCAAUCGACAGCUGGGAUGGGUCGUUCCGUUCCUGCUCUGGCUCGCUAUCUCGCUGCGGAUCUUGUUUUUCUAUAUUCCGAUCACUAUCAUCUCGACGCCCAUGCGCUGGGUUUGGGACCAAACAGCCCACCGCUUCGUGCGCAUCAUUCCCCAGAAACUGAGGACACCUGCUGCCGCUGCUCUGUGCAUUGGUGUCAUCAUUAUCGGCGCAUUUGCGUCCGAAGAGUCGCUAGACAACACCCGUGCCAACCGUGCAGUCAGUCUGUUCGGGAUCGCGGUUUUCCUCUUCGGACUAUGGCUCACCUCAAACAACCGCAAGAUGAUCAACUGGCACACCGUCAUUGUCGGCAUGCUGUCACAAUUCAUCAUUGCGUUGUUCGUGCUCCGAACCGGCGUAGGCUAUGAUAUCUUCAACUUCAUUUCGGGUCUAGCGCGUAGUCUCCUCGGAUUUGCCAGCAAAGGUGUCAUCUUCUUGACCAGCCAAGACUUCUUCGAUUACGAUGGGGCAUUUGUGCCAGCCAACUUCUUCAUUGUCGGCGUCAUCUCAGCCAUCAUCUUCUUCGUCUCUCUCGUCCAGCUCCUAUAUUACUACAACCUGCUCCAAUGGUUCGUCGGCAAAUUCGCCGUCUUCUUCUUCUGGAGCAUGCGCGUCUCCGGCGCCGAAGCCGUGGUCGCCGCCGCGUCCCCCUUCAUCGGCCAAGGUGAAUCAGCGAUGCUAAUCCGUCCUUUCAUCGCGCAUCUCACCAUAGCGGAGCUGCAUCAAGUUAUGUGCUCCGGCUUUGCUACCAUCGCCGGCAGUGUCCUAAUCGCCUACAUCAGCAUUGGCGUCAACCCGCAAGCGUUGGUCAGCGCUUGCGUCAUGAGUAUUCCAGCCUCACUAGCCGUCUCCAAACUUCGCUGGCCGGAGACAGAAGAGACCCUGACGGCCGGCCGCGUCGUCGUUCCCGAUAACGAUGAACACCGCGCCUCCAAUGCCCUACACGCCUUUACAAACGGCGCCUGGCUCGGUCUCAAGAUUGCUGCCAUGAUCACCUCGACCCUUCUGUGCAUUCUGGCGCUUAUCGGUCUCGUCAACGGCCUCCUUACCUGGUGGGGCCGGUACCUGAAUAUCAACAAUCCCGAGCUCACUCUCCAACUUAUCGUCGGAUACAUCUGCUAUCCGAUUGCCUUCCUGCUCGGUGUUUCCCGUGACGGCGACUUGCUCAAGGUCUCCAAGCUGAUUGGCUUGAAGCUUGUUAGCAACGAAUUCGUCGCCUACCAGGCCCUCCAGACCGAGAAGGAAUACGUAGACCUGUCCGACCGCUCCCGUCUCAUCGUCACGUAUGCCCUCUGCGGCUUCGCCAACAUCGGCUCCGUCGGUAAUCAGAUCGGUGUGCUAUCGCAGAUCUCACCUGGUCGUGGUGGAGAUGUCUCGCGUGUUGCGUUCAGCGCCAUGAUCACUGGUGCUAUUAGUACCUUUACCAGUGCCGCUGUUGCGGGAUUGUUGAUUACGAACGAGAAGCAGUUCAUGACUGCUACUACUGGAUGA